AUGGAGCCAGAAAUAAACUGCUCUGAAUUUUGUGAAAAUUUUCCUGACCAGGAACUAGACUGGAGAAGCUUUCAGGAUAUCUGCAGGACAACUGUUGUAAGUGAUCACAGUAAGACCGCAUCUCCAGUGUCUCCCGUCCUCUUGGGUAUAGUUUGGACUUUUCUCAGUGGUGGACUUGUUCUCGUACUCUUCUUUCUUGCCUUCACGAUUCGCUGCAGAAAGAACAGGAUUGUGAAGAUGGCCAGCCCCAAUCUGAACAUGGUGACCUUACUGGGCAGUUGUCUGACUUACUGCAGCGCUUACCUCUUUGGGAUUCAGGAUCAAGAUGUGUUAGGGGGAAGCUCAAUGGAAACUAUCAUUCAGGUAAGGCUGUCCAUGCUGUGCAUUGGGACCUCCUUGGUGUUUGGCCCCAUUCUGGGAAAGAGCUGGCGACUUUACAAAGUGUUUACCCAGAGGGUCCCAGACAAAAGAGUGAUUAUUAAAGACCUGCAGUUGCUGGGAUUGGUGGCAGCCUUGGUGAUUGCUGAUGUGAUCCUACUCCUGACGUGGGUGCUGACUGAUCCCAUCCGGUGCCUUCAGAUCCUUGGUGUCAGUAUGACGGUGACAGGGAAGGACGUGUCCUGCUCUCUGACCAGCACACACUUCUGUGCUUCCGUCUACGCUGAUAUCUGGAUUGCUCUCAUUUUGGGAUGUAAGGGUCUGCUCCUGCUCUAUGGCGCCUACCUGGCUGGCCUCACUGACCACGUCAGUUCUCCUCCGGUGAACCAGUCCUUAACCAUCAUGGUGGGGGUCAACCUCGUGGUGCUGGCCACGGGUCUUCUCUUUGUGGUCACCAGAUACUUGCACUCCUGGCCCAACCUGGUCUUCGGAUUCACAUCUGGAGGCAUCUUUGUUUGCACAACUACAAUCAACUGCUUCAUCUUUAUUCCCCAGCUGAAGCAAUGGAAGGCAUUUGAAGAGGAAAACCAAACAAUGAGACGCAUGGCCAAAUAUUUCAGCACUCCCUGCAAAAGCUUCCAUACCCAGUGUGGUGAGGAGCAGAACCACCUGAAGGGAGACAAAAACUCCAUGGAAAGGCUCCUGACAGAAAAAAAUGCUGUGAUUGAAAGCCUGCAGGAACAAGUAAACAAUGCUAAAGAGAAGCUGGUGAAGCUGAUGUCAGCUGAGUGCCCCUAUGACCCCCCAGGCUGGGCUGUCCCGCCUGCCUCCUCUGAGGACACCCAGGCAGCAGCCUCUGGACCCAGCACGGCAGCUCAGGGGCUUUUGGGUGGCCCCUUGGACUCUCAGAAUGAUACCAGCCCAGCUGCCCAGGACUCCCAGAGCACCUCAGUGCCUUCAUCACGUAAACAAAGCCUCCAGGGGCCUGUGAAGGACGACAGCCUCUCCCCAGGGCAAAAGAAGAUGCCUGACUUAAAAGAUGUUUCUGAGCAUUUAAAAUUAGGCUGUAGCCAGAAUCCCAAGGCUGAGCAGAGUGGGAGUUCUGAAGGAUGGAACCAGGUCCCCGUGGCCCCCAGCCAGAGUCUCAUCUCAAGCAGAUUCUCUGUUCCCCACAGACAGAGGCAGCUGGAGAACUCAGAGCCCCCUUCGGAGCGGCUGUCAAGGGUCAAUUCCAUGAUCAGAGAGAAGCUUCAGGAAGUGUUACAAGAUCUGAGCCUGGGCCCUGAGGCUCCCCUCCCCUCUUCCCCACCUUGUCCCCAGCAGACCUUAAAGAGUAAUGCUGUCCUCGGCCCCCAGAAGAUGCCCUUCACCAAAGAGCUGGGCUUGAGUCCAUAUGUGGUGAGGAGGAGGCCGGCAGCUCGGCGGGCCCCCUCACACGUUCCAGGUGCUCUUGCCUUGCAUGAGAGGCAUCGGGCAAACAAGUCCAUUUCCAGGGUGCAGAGUGGGUUGAAUGUGCAGAAUGUAGACAGCCCUGGCCUGGACCACCGAGCUGUUCAUUGCAGGGUCCCAAGACCCCCUUCCAGGAAACCUUUACUUCUCCCAGAUCCUCGAAGCAGGUCAUGUACCCUGGAGGACAGCAACCGAUGUCAGCCGGAGCCCCAGAGGGCUGGAGGGAGUGAGGCUGCCUUUGGUGGCCCAGCUUCAGGUUCUGGCUUGGCCGAGAGCCCAAUCUCCCCAGGUUCAUCCCGGGCCUCCCUGGAGCUGCCCCCAGGGUCUCCAGCCUGCCCCUCACUCUCUUCUCCAUGCAGCUACCUUGACACUGAGUCCAGCAGCUCCGAUGAGUUCUUCUGCCGCUGCCACCGGCCCUACUGUGAAAUCUGCUUCCAGAGCUCCUGCGACUCCAGUGACAGUGGCACCUCAGACACUGAGCCUGAGCCUGCUGGGGGGCUGGCUUCCUGGGAGAAGCUGUGGGUCCGCUCGAAGCCCAUCGUGAACUUCAAAGAUGACUUGAAGCCCACACUAGUGUGA